CGUUAGCGCCAGGGGGCGCGCGCGGUUCAGCCGCGGCCGUUGGCGAUAGAAAGGCGCGAGGCGGCUGGCGCGGGGGACUGUUGGAGCAGCCAUGUUGGGGCGGGCGAGGCUAGGCGGCGUGGCGGUCCUGCGGGCUCUCCAGCCCCUUGCCGCGGACCGUGGCUGCUUGGCAGCAGGAGCCGCCGCCUCCGCCGUGCUCCCGCACAGGCGAAAUUAUGCAGCUAAGACUUCAGAGUCUGCCAAAUCUGGUACUGCAACAGGGCGUAUUGUUGCAAUUAUUGGUGCUGUUGUUGAUGUCCAGUUUGAUGAAGGCCUUCCUCCAAUUCUCAAUGCCCUGGAAGCGACAGGCCGUGAAACUAGAUUGGUAUUGGAAGUUGCUCAGCACCUUGGUGAAAGUACUGUUCGAACAAUUGCCAUGGAUGGCACUGAAGGCUUAACCCGCGGGCAGAGAGUUCUGGACACGGGUGCGCCUAUAAAAAUUCCAGUUGGGCCAGAAACACUGGGAAGGAUCAUGAAUGUAAUUGGUGAGCCAAUUGAUGAAAGAGGACCUAUUGCAACGAAACAGUUUGCAUCUAUUCAUGCUGAAGCUCCUGAAUUUCAAGAUAUGAGCGUUGAGCAAGAAAUUCUUGUGACUGGUAUUAAGGUUGUAGAUUUAUUGGCUCCAUAUGCCAAAGGAGGUAAAAUUGGGCUCUUUGGUGGUGCUGGUGUAGGAAAAACUGUAUUAAUUAUGGAACUUAUUAACAAUGUUGCUAAAGCCCAUGGUGGCUACUCUGUCUUCGCUGGUGUAGGGGAGCGUACACGAGAGGGUAAUGACUUGUAUAAUGAAAUGAUUGAAUCUGGUGUCAUCAACCUGAAGGAUGCCACUUCCAAGGUUUCACUUGUGUAUGGUCAAAUGAAUGAGCCUCCAGGUGCCCGUGCCAGAGUAGCCCUGACUGGUUUGACAGUUGCUGAAUAUUUCCGUGAUCAAGAAGGACAGGAUGUGCUUCUCUUUAUCGACAAUAUCUUCAGAUUUACCCAGGCUGGUUCAGAGGUGUCUGCACUUCUUGGUCGUAUCCCCUCUGCUGUAGGGUAUCAGCCAACGUUGGCUACUGACAUGGGAACAAUGCAGGAAAGAAUAACUACUACUAAAAAGGGAUCAAUUACAUCAGUACAGGCUAUCUACGUACCAGCUGAUGACUUGACUGACCCUGCUCCAGCUACUACUUUUGCACAUUUAGAUGCUACUACAGUAUUAUCCCGUGCCAUUGCUGAACUGGGUAUCUAUCCAGCAGUGGACCCUCUGGAUUCUACUUCACGUAUCAUGGACCCUAACAUUGUUGGCAGAGAGCAUUAUGAUGUGGCUCGUGGUGUACAGAAGAUUCUUCAGGAUUACAAAUCCCUUCAAGAUAUUAUUGCUAUUUUGGGGAUGGAUGAAUUGUCUGAGGAAGAUAAACUAACUGUAUCCCGGGCUCGAAAAAUCCAGAGGUUUUUGUCUCAGCCUUUCCAGGUUGCUGAAGUCUUCACUGGCCAUGCUGGAAAAUUGGUGCCUUUGAAGGAAACAAUCAAGGGAUUCAAGAGCAUUUUAUCUGGUGACAAAUGUGGCUCUCCACGUUAAUCCUCCUGGCAAGUGUACCUGGUGCAGCCUCCUGGGACCCGCCUUUGGUAAAUGUCACGAGAGACACCUGCUUCAAAGCUGACCAGUAUGUGCAACUCCCUACAAGAGGCAGCGGUGAAUGGGUGAAGAAACCAGACACUUGGUUUAUCCCCAGACUGGAUUACCUGGGACCAAGGUCACGAUCCGACUACCACAGUCUUCGGCUCCCUCACUGCAUCUGGACUGUAACUGGGUAUUUAGCUUCAGGGGAUGUGGGCACACACAUAUAGGACCCCCAAUUUCGGGAUGCAAGAUCACAGAACGUUGGGAAAAGGACCAAAGGACAGUGUCAAUUUAAGGAUAUCCCCCCUAGAACAAACAAACUAUUCUAUUUCCAGGGCCUUGGAUGGAUCAGUCAAGAUUCACACCAUUUAUGAAGCCGCUAAUGGGUUGGGAGAAUAUAGGUGUGAAUGUUUGUGGGAGAGUUGGGCACUUUUCAUUAAUCUAACUGUGUCUGUAGAUGCAGGAUGGAUGGAUGUUCCUCCUCUGCUGCAGGAACUUGGGAUGGAGGGACGUUAUUGUCAGGUUAAAUGUUUACAUUGUACUGAUAUACAAUAUUAUAACCUGACCACUUAUGGAUACUCCCUGCCUACUAUCUGUCCGGCACUGUAGCCUACGCCACCAGAUGGCAUUAUCUAAGUAGGCCCCAAUGAAACACUUUUGUAUGAUGCCCUUAUGGUCUCUGUUCAGGUUAAAUAUGAUUUGUCCAGAUUUUUGGCACCUUUGCAAAAUGUGUGCUCAGAUCACCCCAGCUCCCUGCAAUGGCUGUAGGUCCGGCUGCAGAAUCAGCUCCAGUUUCUAAUGCACAGUAUGUUGUUUGGCCCCACAUAGACAAAAACGGAGCAUCUUAAGUGAUAUUGGAAGAUGCUUUGGCAGCACCAAUUCUAUACUAAAUAUGCUUAACCUAAACUCUGAAAGGUCAUACAAUUCUUGGGACAAAAGCCAAACCACCCAACUCCUUAAACAUACGAACACAGGUUUAUCUUAUGCUCUUACUGCAAUUGAUGUAGCAAUAGUGGAUUUUUACAAAAUCAUUGAAGAGACCUCAGACGCUAUAGUCACCUUGGCCAAGUCAGAAGCUAAAGGCCGUGCUUGUUGUAUGUUAGCUUGUGACCCCUUUAAUAUUGCAAAAGAAGACAUGCUAGAUGUAUGCCUGGCUAUCCCCCCUUCCCAUACCUUUUCUUCCCCUACCCUUGCCCACAUUGCAAGCAUUUUCACUCAAUUGAUAGUGGGCUCUUUACUUCCUCCAGAUUCAUCCUUCUCCUUUAAUUUCCUCCUUGUAUAUCCCUCUGUUAUUCCUAGUCAUGUGUUUCCUUUUUCUUUCUGUUUCAAGUCUAUCGGAUAUGUAACUAACAAUAUGGUGUACAGAGUAGGACUGUCUGGAUACCUGGCACCAUCACCCAUAAUACCACACUAAUGACAACAUCAGACUGCUGCACAGAGACGGAUAGCUAUAUCGUGUGUUCCUGGUCUACUUUCUGUCCUUUACCUCUGUCCACUUCCAUUCUUUUGGAUGUCCUUCCUCUGACAGAUGUUGAAGCUGCUGUGCAAGUAUCAGCCACUCAGUGUUUUAUCACCGCUUCAUGCAAAUACAUGUAUGGACCCCUGCAGUGCCAGGCAAAUGCUUCCAUGUGCCUGCAGAUUACUGACUCGUUUACCCUAAGUGAUGUGCACCUCCCUGGCCGUGUGUUCACUGGAAUUACAGUGGCUCCUCGGUGGUAUGACCGGAGAACAUGCCAGUUCGACUGGCCAAGGAGCUACUACUCAAAGUGGUCCUGGCUGCAGCUUCUGUGUCUACCACCGUUCAUGACAGCACCACUAAAGGCCGCAUCCAAGUUCAAUUUUCCAAUUACCAGACUGGAAGAUCCUGUUCGUAAUGCAGCCUACAACCCUCUCUCCUAGUAGACUAUUGUACAAAUAGCAGCCGCUGCUGCUUCUAUUUUUGUGUUACUAGCCUCGAGUGUCAUGUGUGGUUAUUUCAGACACAUGCUUAAAAAUCUCAGUAUGCUUCCUACCCUGUCCCCUUCCUCCGACUCCCCUCUUCCUCCUCUCUCCCAGUCCCCCCUUGGGUAACCCUAAAAUCGAUCAUGUGUACCAAGCGUUUAAGUAUUGACUACAUCUCAUCUAGGAGUUUAUUUGUCAAACAGGAGGGAACUGUUAGGCAAGAAUUAAAAUUCAGUUAGCAGCUGAGACAGAAACCCACGUAACUAAGAAGCAGGAACACCGGAAGCCCAAGGAUGCUGGCAGCUGUAAACACUUGAUAAAUGUGUAUGGUCAAAUGGCUGCCCAGUAACUCGGCUCUUAGAACAGAACAAACCCCCCCCCCUUCACAGCCCUCCAGAUAUCUGUAAACACUCACCCCACCCCACCCCUUCGCCUAAAGGACAGUUAUAGAUAAUGAUGUAAUCAAAAUAGUUUUGAUGCAUAUGUUCUCUUUCUGUCAUCAUGUUAAGUAUGUUCUCUGUCUCUGAAACAAUGUUUGUCUCUGUAAGAACAAGGUAAAUGCAAAUGAAGCGGUAAGAGAAAGGUAUAUAAUUGGUCACUGUAACCCCACACUUUUGAAGCUGUCUUGUCAGUCUUCCCGGUGCAGUGAAUAAAUCCCUUCAGUAUUGUC